AUGACAUCAACACAGGAGGCCGACCUAUCUCUUAGACCAUACUUAGUGGAAUACCCCUACAAGUACAACUUCCUCAUGAAUGAGCCUCAGAGAUGUGAGCAGGAGAAGCCCUUCUUGGUCCUCAUGGUCCCUGUGGCCCCCCACAACCGGAAGCACAGAGACGUGAUCCGCAGCACCUGGGGAGGCCAGAGCUCGGUCCUGGGCAAAGAGCUGAGGCUGUUCUUCCUGCUGGGGCUGCAGACCGGAGACGGGGCCGAGCUGCUGCGAGAGCAGCUGCUGCAGGAGAGCAAAGAGCACCGAGACCUGAUCCAGAGCGACUUCCUGGACUGCUACAAGAACCUGACCAUCAAGACCAUGGUGAUGCUGGAGUGGCUGGACUCUUACUGCUCCAGCGCAUCUUACGCCAUGAAGAUCGACUCAGACAUGUUUCUGAAUGUCCCAAACCUCAUCAAGAUGCUCCUAGAGGCUCCAGAGACAAACUACAUGACUGGACUUGUAGCACGUACAAGUCUAGUCCUGAGAAACCAAGACUCUAUGUGGUACAUACCUGAGGAGCUUUAUGCUGAAUCACAGUACCCACCCUAUGCUCUGGGUCUGGGCUACGUUUUAUCUUUAGACCUCCCAAAAAAGCUGGUGGAGGCAUCCAGACACGUUAGAGCUUUCUACAUUGAAGAUGUGUAUUUGGGUUUUUGCAUGAAGCAUGCAGGAAUCCCUCUGUAUGACCCUCCAAGCUGGGACUUCUUCCAUAGCUUUCCACCGUACAGUCGCUGUGCUUUCUCCAAGAUAGUCGCCACCAUAAUCAAUGAAAACAUGGACAGAAUAUGGCUUUGGAAAGACUUUAACAGACCCGGCCCGUACUGCUGA